AUGAAUGCUGCUGUGAGAGCCAUUGUUCGUGUUGCUUUGCAGCGCAAUUGUCUUCCUUUUGCAAUCUUUGAAGGGUAUCAGGGCCUUGUAGACGGUGGUGACAAGAUCAAGGCCAUGAGCUGGGAAAAUGUCCGCGGUUUCCUCGCAGUGGGAGGAACAAGUAUUGGCACUGCAAGAUGUUCUGCUUUUAGAACUCGGCAGGGAAGACUUGACGCUACGUAUAAUCUUAUCAAGAAUGGCAUUGACGCGCUGGUGAUUAUAGGCGGUGAUGGUUCACUGACUGGCGCUGACAUCUUACGUGCUGAAUGGGCAACUCUUGUCGAUGAGUUGAUCAAGCAAGGUAACGCUUUUUAUUACACGUUUAAUGUUGGACGACUCACAAAAGAAGAAAGCGAACAUUUACGUAGCGAUUUGACAAUUGUUGGCUUGGUUGGCUCAAUUGAUAAUGACAUGUCUGCAACAGAUAUCACUAUUGGCGCUGUCACCUCGCUUCAUCGUAUAUGUGAAGCGGUGGAUUCGCUUACAUCAACUGCGCAAUCCCACAAACGUGCUUUUGUGGUUGAAGUCAUGGGCAGGCAUUGUGGUUGGCUUGGACUUAUGGCUGGUAUUGCCGUUGGAGCUGAUUGGGUAUGUCUUCCCGAACGUCCACCUCCUUUGGACAACAAAUAUGGCGAUGAUUGGGCAGAGGAGAUGGUUGAUAUUGUCAAGCAGUAUCGAUCAAUGGGAAAUCGAAAGUCGAUUAUUAUUGUAUGCGAGGGAGCCAUUGAUCGUAAUCUCAAACCCAUUAAACCAGAAGAAGUUAAACAGAUUCUGGAGGAAAGACUUGGUCUUGAUACUCGUGUCACUACUCUUGGACAUGUUCAACGCGGAGGCAGUCCUUGUGCAUUUGAUCGUUACUUGGCCACCGUUCAAGGAGUUGAAGCUGUCGAAGCUGUGUUGAGUUCUACUCCGAAUACACCAGCAGCCAUGAUUGGAAUGAGCCAAAACAAAGUCAUUAGCGUCCCGCUUAUGGAUGCCGUGAAAUUGACCCAAUCUGUUGCUCAAGCCAUUUCUCACAAGGAUUUUAAGCAUGCGAUGGAGCUGCGUGAUCCAGAUUUUACUUCUGCAUUCGGUGCUUACAUGGAGAGUACACUGAUUGGAUGUCCCGGAUCGUUACAAGUUCCUGUAGAAAAGCGAUUGAGGAUUGGUAUUAUACACUGCGGGGCUCCGGCAGGUGGAAUGAAUGCUGCCACAAGAGUUGCUGCUAGUCUUAGUUUGAAUCGAGGUCAUGUUCCCUUGGCUAUCCGCAACGGUUUUACAGGUCUUGUCAAUGACGAAGUUCAUCCCUUCCAAUGGCAAGAAAUAGUGGGAUGGCAAGUGCGUGGUGGUUCUGAGCUGGGCACCAAUCGAAUUGACAACUUUGUUGACAUGGGUUUGAUUGCAUACCACAUGCAGAAACACGAUAUUCAAGCUCUUAUGAUUAUUGGUGGGUUUGAAGCAUAUACUGCACAAUUGACGCUCACCGAGGCACGCAAAGUUUACCCCGCAUUUGCUAUUCCUAUGAUACAUUUACCUGCAACUGUGAGUAACAAUGUGCCUGGAACGGACUAUUCUAUUGGAUGCGAUACUGCAUUGAAUGUGAUUGUCGAAUCUUGCGAUCGACUUAAACUCAGUGCAAACGCAAGUCGUAAGCGUGUGUUUGUUGUUGAAGUUCAAGGCGGAACCUGUGGAUAUUUGGCAACAUUGGGCGGAUUGACUGUGGGUGCUACCACCGUUUAUAUUCCCGAACAAGAGAUUGGUAUUAAAAUACUGCAGAAAGAUAUCAAGCACCUUUGCAAACGAUACACUGAAGACCAGCGCAACGGUGUCAAUUCGGAGGGUAGAGUGAUUUUACGGACAGAAUCUACUUUGCCAGAAGUCUAUUCGACCGAGGUGAUUUCGGGUAUUCUUCGUGCCGAGGGUAAAGGCUUGUUUGAUUCGCGUACAGCUGUGCUCGGUCAUUUGCAGCAAGGUGGUGUUCCGAGUCCACUUGAUCGUAUUCGUGCGACACGCCUGGCUGUCAAGUGUAUUGACUGGCUCGAAGCAGUUGCUUGUCACGUUCGAACUGAAGGUGGAUCGGGUUCGACCAACCAUUUGAACAUGUCUAGCGAUGACAUUGCCAAGCGUGCUGGCAUGUCAAUCUAUACUAUUGAAAAGAAUCACAGUGCUGUGAUUGGUAUUCGUGGUGCUUUGGUUGUAUUUUCCCCCAUUGAGGAUUUGGUUGCGGAAGUUGACAUGAAGGCGCGUCGAACCAAGGAUGCUUGGUGGAUGGGUCUUGGCAAGCUGAUCCGUGUUUUGUCAAAAUACGAGUACGAUGAUGUGAAGAGCAACUGA